UCCAAGGCGGAAGCCCCUGGGCCAGCUGGGCCAGCGCCAGCCCCUCCCCCACAUUCCUCCUCCCACUGCAGCCUUUAAAGGCCCCUGGGGCCCACAGGCCACCAUCUGCCUUCUGCCUGCCACCUGCCACCAUGCGCUGUCUUGUGAGCCUAGCUCUGGCCCUGCUGGCCCUGGAGGCCGCCCUGGCCCUGGCCCCAGCCCCAGCCCCGGCCCUCACCUUGCCAGCGCAGGCUGUGUGCCCAGAGCUCAGCUCCUCCGAGGAGGACGCCUGUGUGGUCUCCUGCAACUCAGACGAGAACUGCCCCCAAGGCACCAAAUGCUGCACCAGGAGCCCCUGCAGCCGCUCCUGCGUGGUCCCCCUCAUUGCGCCUGUGCAGAAGGCCGGCCGCUGCCCCUGGGUGCAGGCCCCGCUGACGCCCACGCCCUGCUUGGAGAGCACUGAGUGCUCCCGGGAUGACCAGUGUGCCGGCAACAGGAAGUGCUGCCUGAGCGCCUGUGCCAUGAGGUGUCUGGAGCCCGAGGCAGGUGAGCGCCCCACGCCCUCCCGGGACGGCACCCUGGCCACGGCCACAGCCACGGUGGCAGCAGAAGGCCUGGGCCGAGACUACGUGUCAGGCGAGCAAAGGGAGGGGAAACUCAGAGACUCCUCUGAGCGGGACAGCAAGACGUGGUCCAGCCCAGUCUGA